AUGCGAAACAUUGAGAUUGAGACACUUCGCUCCAGGUUAAGUCAAAGGAAACCUCGGAGGCGACGUAGCCGAAGCCCAUCCGGGGGUUCGUAUGUUGUGAAGACGUCGUCAAGGCGAAGCAGCCACCGGGUUAAAAAACACAAGACGAAGAGGAAGCCCAAAGGCGGAAAGACCGGGAAAGGGCGCAAGCAAAAGUCGAUCUACGGUGGCAUUCGUAUCAACAAUGUUUCCGGACGUCGCCAAAGACGCCGUCGUAAAACGUCGGAUACUGACGAAUCGGAUGACGACCAUGACGAUAUCCAGAACGAAAGUUCACAGGCCGAGCUGACGAAGAAAAAGAAAAACAAGCGACAGGGGAAAAAUAAGAGAUCGUCCUACAACCAGGAAGACUCUGAGGAAUAUUUGCCAGAACAUUCUCCUGAAGAAAACGAAGAGUAUGAACAAGAUUAUGAGAUGUAA